CAACGAUCAGUUUUGUAGUGGGUCUGAAAACGAGCAGAUCGUCGGAACGGAAGAAUAAAUUCUUUUAAAUCAGCACCAGAUAAGAAAAAUGGCGAGCAAAGCCAGUAUCCUGCUACUAUUAAUGGGUCCCCUUUUGGUUUCCCAGACCUUCGAGCAGACCAACUUUGAUCGUAUUCAAUCCCAAAACAACAGUCGACAACUAUCGCCUUCCUUCAGCUACAUGGAUCGAUUCAGCGGCAAACUCUUCCAGAAAAUCGCGAAGUCGAACCCGGGCAACGUCGUCAUCUCUCCCUUCUCCGUUCACGCCCUGCUGGGCAUGAUCCUUGCGGCAUCUUCUGGGGAGACUUUGCGAGAACUGAAGCAAGUCGGGGAGUUCGGCAAGAAUCACACUGAUGUGGCCCUGGACUUCCAGCGACUGAUCAAGUUCACGGAUCAUCUGCAGGGUGUCGAGUUGACAACAGCGAUGAGGGUCUACUACAACCAGCGGCUGGGUGGCAUCAAUACCAGAUUUGAGGAGUUCGCCAAGAUCUACUACACCGCCGGUACGGAGCCCGUGGACAUGGAUAACGGCGAGGUUACGGCCACCAACAUUAACGCCUGGGUGGCGAACAGCACCCGGAACAAGAUCCAGAACUUGAUCUCGUCCAAAAGCAUUACAUCUGAUGUGCAGGCCAUACUGGUGAACGCCGUGUAUUUUAAGGGCCGCUGGGAAAAGGCUUUUUCCACUAGUGCCACGCGCCCCGCCAAAUUCAGCCUCACUGACGGUAGAACUUCCCAGGUGGCCAUGAUGCACAGCAAAGAUGUCUACGGCUUUGCCGAUCUGCCCGAGCUGAACGCCACCGCCCUGGAACUGGCCUACAAGGACAGUGAAACCAGCAUGCUGAUCCUGCUGCCCAAUAAGAACGAUGUAUUGGCCGACCUUGAGCAAAAGUUGGCCCUACCGGAGUUCGAUCUCAACCGGAUUGCCCCCCGCCUGCGUCGCCAGAAGGUUGAAGUGGGUUUGCCGAAGUUCCGGAUCGAGUUCGAGCAGGACUUGAUCAAACCCCUAAAGGAGCUGGGUCUCCGCCAGAUGUUCUCGCCAAGCUCGCAGGUGAUCAACUUGCUCAAUCAGCCAGUGCGCGUUGACCAGAUCAAGCAGAAGGCCUACAUCGAUGUUGGCGAGGGGGGAACCGAGGCCGCGGCAGCAUCCUAUGUGAGGGUGAAGCGUAGAAUGCGUUCUGACGACCCCAUAUUCGUCGCCAACCGGCCGUUCGUUUUUGCCAUCCGCACUCCCAGCUCAGUGCUCUUCGUGGGUCACGUGGAGGAUCCAGGUCUGAAAUAAAUAAUGAGCUAUGUCUACAAUCGACAAUAGAUGGCUUUACUUCCGAAAGGAUCCAAUAAAGUUGUUUCAGAAUUAAUAAA